UCCUAUAAAACCUCACCUGCGACCUGCGUGCGGCUAGGGUUUUGCAGUUCCACUCUAUAAAAACGCUCGCUUAGCCCUCCACUAUUUCUACCUUUCUUAGAGCGGGAUCUUCUUCAACCCUAAUAUUCAGAAGGUCUCUCCAGGUUUUAGUUGACGAAGAAUACCUCAAAAAGCUCCACCACUGUUCACGAUGAGCCGACCAAUGGAGGAAGAAGGUGUUGGCAAAAAUGAGGAAGAGGAAUUUAACACCGGACCACUUUCUGUUUUGAUGAUGAGUGUUAAAAACAACACCCAGGUGCUGAUUAAUUGUCGGAAUAACAGAAAGCUGUUGGGUCGUGUCAGAGCCUUCGAUCGGCACUGCAACAUGGUUCUUGAAAAUGUCAGGGAAAUGUGGACUGAGGUACCAAAAACUGGGAAAGGCAAGAAAAAAGCCCAUCCAGUCAACAAGGACAGAUUCAUCAGUAAGAUGUUUCUUCGUGGAGAUUCUGUUAUCAUUGUUCUUAGGAAUCCUAAGUGAGGUGGAUCUGCAUUGUUGUAUCGACAGUUCUCUUGGCCUGUAGAAAUGGAGUUUUGCAUCUUAGCAGCAGCUAAUCUGGUUUAAAUGCCCCAUCCUUCUUCAAACUAGGGGGCCAAGAUCAUUCUAUUAAGUUGAUGAGGGGUAUAUGCAUCAGGUAAAAAAGAGAGGAUUUGAUGAGGGUAGCACACACUAAUAUCGGCACUUUUUGUAAAUUAGAUGAUGUAAGCCAGAUGUACUUAACAUAUUAACCCAAUCAUAAUGUCAUCGUUAUUAGUGAUUCAAUUAUAUUUCAGAUAUUUGAGUAGGUAAUGCUUACCCUUAAAGCGCUGACGUUCCAAGGCUUGCAAGUUCAACUAUAAUUAUUGAUGUCACCUUUGAAUUUUGAUGGCUUCCAAA